AUGUUUGUCUAUGUAAAGAGCAAUGGGACAAAUAUUAAGUGCAGACUUGUGUAUACGCCUUGCAGGUGGUGGUUUAGCUUAGCUGCUUCUGUCACAUACCCUUUGGAUCUUGUAAGAACACGCCUUUCAGCACAGGGUGUUGAUGGUGGAGAUAUAAUUUCAAAUUUAAGAAGUGGUGUGGCAGUUGAAAAAGCGUUGGCCAUAAUGCAAGAGAGGGGUUUCUCCAAUAGAAGGUCUAGGCAUAGGUUGACACCUGGCACUGUUAAAUACGCAACUUUUCAUGUUCUUUCACUCGAGGGUAGCCAUUGUCUUUCAAUUUUAGAUGUGGUUGAAAAGAUCCAGAAAUCUGAUUUAAAGGAUCUAACAACAAGCAAAACACCAGAGGCCUCAAUAGUUGCUGCAUUAUCACGCUGGUGA